AUGGCCAGUUUUUGGGAAAAACUAACCGUUGAUGGCAGCGAGAUGGAUAUGUACGCCAGCGUGCCGAGUAGCAGCGCCGGUUUCACCGCACCCUUCCCGGCGGUGGUGGUGGCACAACACGGCGGCGGCGUUGAUGAAUUUAUCCAGACCAUUUGCGACCGAUUGGCUGGCGAGGGUUUCGCGGCAGUCGCGCCCAACCUGUACCAUCGGAUUCCCGACGACGUGCUGAACGGCGAUCCGCGGCCGCGCCCCUGGGACGUGCUCAGCGACCCUCACAUCGUCGCCGACAUCAACGGCACGGUUGAUUGGCUCCGCAACCAUGAGGCGAUUCGGGGCGACCGUAUCGGGGUUACCGGUUUCUGCAUGGGUGGGCGCGUGGCUUGGCUGGCGGCGGCCUCCAAUCCGCACUUCGCGGCGGUGGCGCCCUACUACGGGCGGCAACCUGCUGGUGACGUGGGGCGCCGGCGACACUCCUCCCUUCCAGAUGGCCAGCAAUUUUAA